GUGAUCUUACUUUUUGACAUUUUAGGGAAGUUGUUAGUCACAACACCGUGGCACAGCACCAAGAGCUUAAUAGGAAAAGGAGCUAAUGCUCUGAAGAAUAUGGCAGAUGUUCCACCUUCACUCACCCUAGAACUUCCCAAGAAAAGUGAUCUUCCUAACACAUUAAAACCUUGGAGUGAAGUCCAUCUUCCAAUUGACAUUCUUUUGUUGACAGUGGAUGACUGCGAGUUCUUAGCCUGUUUUGCAUACCUGAAAAAUGCCUUUAAAAGCUACCACAAGAACCUAGGAUAUGUGUACUUUGGGAACAUGGGUGAAAGUAGAGAUGUGCCCCUAAAAGUUGCUUUGAUAAAAUGUUCUGAAGGUUCUUCUGCUCCAGAUGGCUCGCUGGUUACUGUUAAGAAUGCCGUAGUGGAACUGAGACCCAAAGCUGUUUUCUCUGUUGGCUGCUGCGGUGGGUUGAACCCUGAAGUCACCAAGUUACAGCCAGGUGACGUAGUUGUUUCCUCUAAGCUUUUAACUGAAGCGUUCAAAACCCCAGUGAGUAGAGAUAUCUUGCACCUUGUCAGGCAUGCAGAUUAUGGCUGGAUUCCUCCAUUAAAAUGUCCAGAAGAUCAUAAAGUUCAGGUCUGCUGUGAUGGGGAGAUUUUAAGUGGCGUAAACCCAGUCAGUGCUAAACAGCAAAACAUGUCUUAUUUUACUCAAGCUACUGCAGUUGACGUCGGUGGUGAAGGUAAGACAUUAAGAAAAAGAAGUCAUUUAUCUGGGAAUAAAUUUUAUUCCGUGAUAAAUGACUUCUUUUCUCUCUUGUUUUGUUUUCUUACAAGAGGCAUGGUGGCCUAGUGGUGACUAUUGCAAACUUCACAGGGGCAUUGGCAUGACCAUUUUGACAAGUACGCACACAGGUCUAUAUGGUUUUAAAAACUUCGUACAAAAUAACGUUUUUGCUUUCCUUUAAUACAUAAUUGGCAGUUUACAGACUUGCUUACAAUAGAACGUGAUAUCAAAAAAAGCUUUUAAAACGUUCUUCUUUGAGCUGGUACAGGAAUGACGUUAACCAGAACAAGGCGAGGUGCCUUUUUUGUGGGCAGAAAUGUUAUAAUCAAGUUUAAAAGCAUCAGUUCGAAGAAUUGUGGCAAUGUCCAAGUUCAUGUAAAUUUUCCGCAUGCUUUCCUUUGCUGACUUUUGUGUUUUUCUCUUUAAUUCCCUUAUUUCGAUCAUGAGCACGGGAAAGGAACAAACAAUGAGUGAUAGUCAGCAUUUAUAUGUUUUCAGUUGUACUGAAUAUCUGUAAAGUUUGUCAUUGAAAACAUACUACAUUAUAUUCGCUUAAGGAGUGAACUUCCUGCAAAAUUCUUGUUGACACCUCGCCAAACAGAAAAUGUGUACCUAAUAGUUUGAUUCAACGUACGGGGAUUAUCGUCGACAUGGUGUGGUCCAUGAUUUUCCAGUUGAGGGAUAUUAAAGUAGUCUUUGAUGAUAGACUUUUUCAACAUUUAUGGACAGAGAGAGAAACUAAAAAAUGAAAACCUAAUUUUUGAAUGCAAAAACGUUUAGAUAAAUCUUAAACGGAAUGAUGAUCAGUCAGGGUCAAUUCUUUUCCAAUUUUCAUGAAUACGCAGUGUAUUGUGGGAUCACACGAAGGCAAACAUUUUAAGAAUAUUUAGAAUUUAUCACAUUCCUCCUCUCAAACUGUUGUAUUUUAUGCGCAAAAACAAUGCUGAAUAACAGUGAGACAGGCAGCAACAAAUCUGCACAAUUUAAAGUCAAGUCACAACACUACAAAUGCCUUUACUUAUAACAGAAAAUCUUCAAAAAAAGUCUCUUAAUUUCUCAAGUACACACGUUUGAAUUGUGUUAUGGACGCUACGCCCCUGCUUCAGAUAUGGAGGUCCAGGUUUGCAGAGUUCUCACUAGAAGGCGGCACCCGGCGAUUGAUCGCCGCUUACUUUGGGAUUUAUAGCCGCUUACUUUGUGUUUAAGUCGCUUUUCUUUGCUUUGUUUUGACACCUCUGGCUUUGCUGAAGAGCCUCCUACUUUAUCAGUGAUCACCUCCUACUUAAAAAUCUAUUGAGAACCCUGGGUUUGGGUCUUGCUGUUGUGCUGUUUUUCUUAUUAUAAAACAAACUUUGCUUCACUUUGUUCCUGACCUUCACCAAUUAGUAAUGGUAACAGGACUGAGUGGAGUCCAAUUCGGUCUGUAAUCAUACAAGUGAUUAACAACACUCGGUCGUCCGAUUUAUUUAAUCACGAGUAUAUAUGAUUACAGACCGAAUUGGACGACACGACGUUCUGUUACCAAUUAAUCAUAACUUUAACAAAAUUUGUGAUAUAUUAGGCUCUUUUUUUUUUAAUCAAAACACAAGAAAUUCUGAGAUUUUUUUGCUACCAGUGGAAAAAAAAAGCCAUUUAAGCGCGCGCGUGAUGGCGCAUACUGUCCAGUUACUUAGGCAUGACACGUACUGUCCUAUUAAGGCUGAAAUCAGGGCAGUUGAUAGCCAGUCAGAUGUAAGAAUUUUGUUAUAGUUAUGAUUAAGGUGUAUAAAGAAGUGCUGGUUAUUAUUUCUUGUGAUCCUGUUUUCAGUCUGAUCUGUUGAGAUCAGUUCUAGGUUUGGACAAUGAUGUUUACAGCUACAUUUAUUUCAAGAAAGGUUGUUGGAGAAAAUGUGCACAUGACAGUCCUGAUAGGUAGCAUGGGAUAUGACCGAAUUAUACACUGUUCCUGACAACAGUAGCUGUUGAACCUACUUUUGUUGCUUUCCUUUAGCACUCGCAAACAUGUUAUGUCCAUGGCCUCUUGUGCCAUUCUUUCAAAUUUCUUUGAAGAACAUGUACAGUGAACUCAAAGCCACCCACACAUACCUUUCGGGAUUGUCGUGUGCACUUUUUGCGACAAUGUUUCUCGAAAUAGCUGAUGUUUAUUUAAUUUGCUGCAUUUUUCUAUACUAAAUUAUGCAUAAAUGAUUGAUUGGAGGAGCAUUUUAAGUAAUGUUUUCCUUUGGAUAAAAUACAGAAGGAAAGCUAAAUUCUACUAAGAUCUUAUUUAUUUGUCCUGUUUUGUAUUAUUUUAUUUAUGCUUUUUAUAUCUGCCUUUUAAAAUCACUAUUAUCAUUUUCUGCCUACCAUUUGCAUGGUAAAUAAUUCUGUUUAUGUUGUCACAUAUUGAUCAACCCUGGCUGUGACGCUCACUUAAGGGGAUCUAUUUGCAUAAAUUGAUCUCUCUUUGUAUUGAAAUUUAAUUUUUAAUCAUUUUUUGUUGUUUUUUUCCAGGCUUGUUUGCUGCCGCACAUGAUCUUAAGAUUGAAUGGGUGAUUGUAAAAGGUAUUUCUCACUUUCCCGAUGGUAACAACUCUGCAGAAAAGUCUUGGGAGAGUCAUGCAUGCAUAAUGGCGGCUUCUCUUGUGUCCAACAUGUUGAAGGAUCCAUUUGUGUUUGAGCAAUGGCCUCAUUAUGAAGGUAGGUGACAUUGUUCUUUAGUUAAACCAUAUCAUUAAUUUUUCGUGCAGUAGAAGUGUUUAUGGUUCAGUACUGAGAUUGAUUUAAAAAUACUCAGCCACAACUUUCAAAUCUUAUUAUUAAUCACCAUAAACUUGAAAAAGGAUAGAGUUCAAUGUUUUCUUUGUCAACUCACAACUGUUGGAAACUAUAACAUAGGUAAAAGAAAAAUUAUGAGAAAAAGGUGAAGAAAUUGGUCGGGAGGACAGGAGGAACAAGUUUCCUGAUAAAAUUGAUCGGCUGCUCAUCAUACUAUUUUAGGCAGUAAGAUUUGUGGGUUGGUACUCGGCAAGUGCAUACUUAGGGACCUAAAGUCUAAAAUGACACUUGUUUCGAGCUUCAGUGGUAUCUGUUGGGUGCCUGUAAGGUUGGGUGGGAAUUAUUUUGUUUCUCAAGUAAUUUUUGGUACCUCUUAGGCAUGAAAAUUAAUUUCCUACAUGCCCACAAAGCUAGAUUCUGUUACUAGAUUCUGCUACCCUCUAGGGAUGAGUUUUAUUUUUAUUUUUUUUUUGACAAGCACCCCUGUUAUCUUUAAUUUUUUUUUUGCAAAGCAGUUGUGCUAUUUUUAAAGGGGAGUAUCUCCUCCUCCUUUUGGUACCUUUUAUAGAGCUUAAAAUGAAUUUCUUCCAUGCUGACAAAGCAAGAUUCUUGUACCUUCUAGGGAUACUUCUUGAAUUUUUUAUUUGAGUAGCACCUCAGUUGUUUAAUAGGGUAGUGUCUCCUUCUCCCCUGCCUUCCCCCACCACGCCCUGAGGACACUAGCAACCAACAUUACAGGGAUUUCACUCAGGGCCAGCAGGUAUGGAUUUCCCCUGCCUACUAUGAGGAUGACCCUUGGUCACUUUCAUAGGAAAUAGAAGGAAAAUAGGACUGAAAGAAUUUCCAGGAUGUUCUAUUCCAAACUCAGCAACUUAAAACCAUAGUGACGGCCCUGAACCCUAACCAGUAAGCUCUCUGCACUGCUGGCUUUAUUUUCUGGUUUGAGAUCAUUCUAGAACUCUACCCUCUGGAUGGUUGAUAGCUAUGGUUUUGAAAGGGCCAGGAAAAUUAUUUUGGGGACUUAUUUUCUGUUUUGAAAAUGUUUUUGAACUGCAACUGUUCACUAGAUACCUUUCAGAAUCAACUUAAUGUGCCGCAGAAAUUCUGCAUAACCAAGUUUAAAAGAUAAAUUUAUUGUCUAAAAUUGUGCACACUGCGACCAGACAUCAUUUAGUGAAUUAAAAUGUGAGUUUCACCCACAAUUAAGUAAAAUCUAAGAUGUAAGCUUUCAGUCCCAAGACAAGCUGCUCAGUGCUUUUUGUUAUUGAAACUUUAUUAUUCAGUAGCAAAAAACUGACAGAUUUAUAAACAUUUUCCCCAAAUUCUUUUGAAUAACUGUUGUUUUAAAUGUCUCACUUCAAUUUUUAUUCUAUUUUGUUUAACUCACAGACCUGUCACCAAUGAAGCAGCCCUCUUGCUCUGCGGCCAAUAAGGAGGUGUUACCAGGUACUAUUAUAUCCAGUAAAGCAGAAAUGGUACCAGACAUACAGUAGAUUAAAAACGCUUAUUUUAAUAUGAAAAUGACUUUUAUCGUUUGUUAUAUUGCAAUACAAAAUGAUCUUUAUUGUAGCAGUUGUUUAUUUUUAUUUCACAAUUAAGUAGCAAAGAAGAAGUAUGAUGUGAUACUUCAAGCGUCAAAUCUUUUCUUUCAUUCAAUCUUUCUGUUAGAAUUUUGCUAACGUAUUUUUGACCUGCGUUAAUCCUCGAGGUCAGUUAUACAAAAUAAGAAUUAUUUUUGGCACUCAACCACAAAAACGUCACUAACAGCUUUGGAGAGGUACCCCUCUAUGGGCGUGUCCUCUCUGAAGCUCUCUGCGUGGGGCAACGUCCCUUUUCACAUUCCUUCAACGUUUGACCAUUAUAUAUUUCUUCAUUGAUCUCUUAAAUUAUAUUCUGGUAUUUUAAAGCCCUCAUAUCAACGUGCACAGUUACUUACUUCUCUGCUUGUGUAUUAUGAAUUGAGGAUAAUUUGUUUUGAAAUGAGGAAAUUUUACUUAUUUUUGGUGAUCACCUCUCCUAUCCUCCUGACAAUUGUUUCAUCAUGAAUGACAUUUAAAAAUGUUGAUCACCUUGCUUGAUAUAAGUGAGGGCUUAUAUUAUGUGCCGUUCAACUACCUCCCUUUAACUUUCUUCACCUAUUAAGAUAUCAAGUUAUUAACGAACAAUUCUUGAAAAAAAGGAACGUAAAAUUUUCUUUAACAGAUUCUCUCUGCCUCGAGGAGUGCCAGAAACAGCUGCGAUCAAUUUAUGAAACCAACAGCAAAGUCAAAAUCGUUCCGUGGGACCAAAGCUCUGCCGUUCAUAUCGAUGAAAUUUACACCCAGUUGUCUUGGCUUAUAGAUGAGAAGAAGCCCAGCGGAGUAACACAGAAGAAACUCGAACACUACACCAACGUUUUUGACGGCGGAAGACUUCAUCAUACGCCAAAGCGCAUUUUGGUCCACGGACGACCAGGUAUCGGUAAGACCGUUUUUACGCAGAAAGCUACAUUCGACUGGUCCCAGCAGAGAUUUAAAGGAAAGUUAGGAAGAUUUGAUCUGGUACUUUUGGUCAAAUUACGCGAUGUUUGUAACCUCAACGAUGUCCCAGCCAUUCUGAGGAAUGCUAAUCUUCUCGCGAGUGAUGGCCCAAUUUCCACUGACAAUCUGUACGAUUACGUUCGUCGCCACCAAGAAAACGUGUUGCUUAUUUUGGACGGCUACGAUGAAUACGUACACAGCGCAGCAAGCCAAUCACCUGUUCUUCAAAUCUGGGAGAAAAAGCAGUUGAGGGAUUGUUUUGUUAUUAUAACGUCUAGAGACAUGAAAGGAGAGGGAUUGAAAAGUUCCAGCGAUGCUCAAUUUGAGAUCGACGGUUUCGACCGUAAGCGACAAGAAGAGUUCGCCCGUAGAUUCUUGAAAAAUGAUCAAGAUGUUGAAGAGUUUUUCAGGUACUUGAAACAACAAAGUCUGGAGGAUGUAGCAAAAAUACCUAUUGUGCUUUUAAUGUUGUCUUUAGUUUGGAAGGAAAAGGAUCGUGAAGGACUACCUUCAUCACGGGUGAUGGUGUACUUUCAGUUUCUACAGACUAUGUUUAAUCAUAUGUCUGAAAAACAAAAAAAGCCGGCGGAAAAAGUUGACGACCACAAACAAGAACUCUGUAAAGUAGGGAAACUAGCCUUUGAAGCACUUCUACAAGAUUUACUUUGCUUUCCUCUCAGUAAACUGCCGGAUCACGUUUUGACUGACAAACUGAUCGAGGCCGGGUUGUUUCAGCUGCUAAACAUGUCCGCUCUUAACCCGUGCAAAGCCGUGCACUUCAUUCACAAAUCCAUGCAGGAGUUUUUGGCUUCUUUAUUUCUAAAAGAAGAACUGUUAUCUCAAGAAAGUAAAAACAAUUCCCUUUUCAAAGUCGACUCAAUUGAAAAGAUCUUCAAGUUAAAUGAAGUUUUUAAAUUUGCUGCUGAAAUGUCAGAAGAAGCCGCGCGCGAGAUCUUGAUUCAUCUGUUGGGAAUGGCGGCAAAGGAAGUCGGAGAGUACAGCUUCGACAAAGAAACACCAUCAGUCGAAGAUUUGUCUAAUAAACAAGGAAAUCUUUUAACUCUAUGUACACAGUUAUUCUUCUGCUGCUCAGCAGACACGAGAACAGAACUUUUCCCCACUUUUCUUUCUAAUCUAGGAGGUGUUUUUUUAAUAAAUCUUGACCAGCUGAAUAUUGCAGCAAAGGAAAAUUUUGUUAAAACUACCGCUUCACUUAUGUACAUAUUUUUCUCUCAAAGCGGCCAGUAUACAAAGCAAAGUUAUAAUAAUUUAAUUAAUUUAACACAGCAAUUAAACGCUGUUAUAGUUAGUAGAACAGGAGAACAGAAAGCAUCAGAAUUUUUGAAUGUAUUUCCAUGGCGUAGUGUUGACGUGUUUUUUUUAAUGAAAGAAGAAAAUAACACUCACCUUUAUUUUACUAAAAUUGUAAGAAGUCUAAAUGAUGGCAUUUUUUCUCUUCCUUUUAAAAUGGUAAAGACGUUAGUUAGUUUAGAAGAGACAACAAACAAGACAAACAUGAAUGGUGAUGAGUCAAGUGAAGAGAGCAGCAGCAGCUGUUGUUCAAAGCGUCAUGGUCUCUCCAGGGUUCGGAGGAUUCAAGCUGAUGAUGUGAACAGGUCAGAAGUGGAACAGCUGAUUGAGAUGAUGCCGUUUAUCAUCGCUCCACACGUGAUACUGGUUGUGGGUAAACUCGGUGAAGUGUUGGAUGCUGAGGUAACAGAGUCUCUACUGAGGAGCAUCCCAACAACACACAAACUGGAGAAAUUAUCACUCCUAAGUAUCAAUGUAACAUCAUCACCUGCUGUGGAGUUCAUCAGCAGAGUAUUCAAACAAGAUCUUCCAAACUUGAACUGGUUCAACAUGUCACUCAAUCCUCUUCUGGGUGCGGGAGUCGACAGCUUAAUUAAACAUCUCAGCAGCGCUCCUCACCUGGAGAAACUGUGGCUUUACAGAGUGAAGAUGACUCCACGGCAGGUGAUGAAUCUCACAUCAGCUGUACAGCAGCACGGAAACAUCACUACACUGUGGUCAUCCUACCACGUAAGUUUUCCAAUUUUAUCGCAAUUUGUUUCUUUAUUCUUUGUUUACAGUUUAUUUCUACUCAGCUCUUGCCUUUCUUUGUCAUUUUUAUACUCGACAAAACACGAGAUUUACUUUUGAAAUCAAAUCACAAACUUUAGCAGAUUCAAAGAAUCAUUUCAAAUUCAUUUCUUUCAACUGAUUAAACUAACUCCAUAAAAUGUUUUAACUGAGAACGUUAAGAACAAGUAACUUUAGCUGACAUUAAAAAAGGAAUUGAAGACAAGAAGACAAAUUUCGUAUCUUCAAGCAACCAUAAGAUGAUAUUAUUCGGUGAAAACAAGAAUUUUUAGCAAAACAAAGCACAUAAUUUCCACAGUAUUAAUUUCUGAAUCAAUUUUAAUUCAUACCUUUUCAUAAAAUAACAAACAACAAUCAUAAAAGCAAAUGAAAGAUAUUCAGUUCAUGUUCAAUUUAAACAAAUAGCUCGUGUCUAGACACGUCGAAACAAAUAAGCAAAGAGUAAACACAUUGAACUCACAGUUCCACAUUUAUCGUCCAAGGCUCCUAUAAAAUCAGUUUAAGUCAAGUGGAGUUCUUUUGAAAGUCCAGAAAACAAACUAGUCUUUUAUAGCUGUUCUUUUGUUAGUUCCUGAGCGUUUCUUUGGUAAAUACUGGUCCUUGCACUUCGGUGAAGCGUUGGUUUUUGAAAUAACAACCCGCACAAAAAAAUUGUAUCUUCGAGACAACGGUUGAAAGCAACACCAAAAAAAAUUUCCUUACAGGUAAACACUUCGCUGUUCUCCACUGUAUAGCAUAAGUGUCCAUUGCAUGAUUUUCAUUGCGUAAAUAGCAUAAGUUUGUUUUCAACUUUCCAAGAACACUCGCCAUACAAAUCAAAUCCUGCGGAGCUUUAGACUUUUGUGAAAUAUCCUUAUAAAUGAUGUUUCCUUGAGCUUCGAACAACUCCUUAGCACAUUCCUGAGUAAAAAGAGAUGAAUCCCUGUCUAGUGUAAAAUAAUUUCCUUGAUGUUUUCUUAUUAAAUUUUGAGUUCAUCCUGAACAGUUUGCCGUUGAAGAGCGAACUGAACAAACUACAAAAUCAACAAACAAAGUCAUUCAAAGCCUAGUGACGUGGCGGCAGCUGAUUGGUUAAAUUUACCUCGGAUGAUUUUUCACGUGAUGACAUUUUCCCGCCUUUCGUUUUAUUACGUAACAAAUUCCCGCCCGCAAAAAAAUACACUGUGAUCUGCGAAUUUUGUAAGGCUGAAUAUAUCUUCAAAAGAAAAGAAAAAGGAGUUGCUAAUUUUGAUUUUGAUUCUACUAUUAUGAAUGCGAAUUUCUUGUACGUGCGCCUUGAUAAAGAUAAUGUUUCUCUUUCCAAUCCCGCCGAGAGGGGAGAGGUACAGGGGGGUAAAUCUCCCUCCUCCCUAAACUUGGUUUAAAAAUUGGUGACGGGGUAACACUCGUUUCUUGAACUUAGUCGUAAAGGAAGUUUUUUGACCUUCAGCGCUUCGCCUCUACACCAACAUACUAGACAAAGAAGGCGUAACCACUGUGUGUCUAGUGCAUUUCUGGCCCCUCUCUCUCUCUCUAUGUCACGCAACGCCGGACAGAGAGGGUCCUCCCCCACAUCCCUUAUCAUCACGCAAAAAGCCAUAAAGUUAACUUUUCAUCGAUAUCUCCCUACUCGCAACAUUUCAUUUUCUCGUUCCUGCCUAUUCUGUUUCUCUUCCCUUAGCCUGUUCCAGGCGUUCAGACAGUGGGGGAAGUAAAAAGGAGUGCGAAAAAAUAAAAGCGAGGCCCCCUCUACUUUUCAUCGCUUUCUUUACUUCGCACCGCUCUCCACCAUCUGAACGCUUGGAACAGGCUACUAUUCCCUCCGCUGAGAAGUCAGAAUCUUCGCUAGGAAAAAUUUCUCUCAGCAAAUAACUGUAAAGACGCUUAAAAAUAGUUUGUCAGUUGUUGUUAACACAUUAACCUUGUGCUCGUAUAAUUUUUGACAAGGUGCCGGGUUCGAAUCCUGCUCAGUACCCUUUCUUCUUUCCUUCAGUCUUUCUCUUGUUUGUUUCGUUUGCUUAUUUGUUUUUUUUGUUGAUGUUUUUUUAACUAAUAUAUACCUUUUAAAGCAAAGAUAGUAUGUUUAUGGAUAAACAAUCUGAAUUUCUAUCGUUUCCUACAAUUUUCAUUCCUUUUUUAUUGCAAUAUAUUGUUCAAAACUAAAACAGUAGCCACAUGCAAUCACAAACUGCCGUUUAUUAUAUAGGCCAAGUUUUGAUUGUUGAUCUUUACUUUCGGCACGCGAGGCUUGUUUUGAACUUAGUACAUCUUGUCAAAGUUGUUGUCAUAUUGACAAUUGUCUUUCGUUGGUCAGUGUAAUCGUAUUGUACUUAAAAUGAAGGUUUUCAAAUGUGUACACGUCCACACUUUAUUAAAGGGAGAUGGCUGGUUUUAAGUAUUGUUUUGUAUUUUGUUGAAGGAUGAUAAUGGGAGCCUCAAACCUGAACAUCAAUGGCCAUCAGAGAACUACUGGAAAAGGAGGUACCCUGACCUCUUUCCUGAUUCAUCACCUGAAUCAGCGCAUGAGAAGGAGCAGGUUAGUCAUCACUCGCCUAUUUUUGUGAAAGUUUAUUUAUUAAAUAUUUAGUAAGACUUUCAUUGUUUGUGUGAACAGCUCUGUUUUUCUGUCCCUCAGAGAUAAUCAAAUUCGCUCAAGAGCCUUCAUUUAUAAGUUUCCAUUACGGAGGAUUUCCGAGUUGGUGA